AUGGCUUCCCCCGGACUCGAUGACUACACGAUCGCGUGGGUUUGUGCCUUGCCUUUAGAGGCAGCAGCGGCCCGGGCCAUGCUCGACAGGAUCCACACACCACCCCAGCAGAUAUCCGAUGCGAAUGCCUACGACUUCGGCGAGCUAAACGGCCAUCAUAUAGUUAUUGGAUAUCUACCAAGCGGGGUGUAUGGAACAGUGUCUUCUGCGACCGUGGUAUCCCGCAUGCGUUUGACCUUUCCUCGGCUCCAGUUCGGACUCAUGGUCGGUAUUGGAGGGGGAGUCCCGAGCGAAAGCAAUGACAUUCGAUUAGACGUUGUUGUCAGCAAACCGGGUGGAAAACAUGGCGGGAAAAAGUGUCAAGGAUCUGCAGCGUUGACAGCUGCUGCCUACACAAAACUGCUGCUGUCAGCCAUGCCUGUUCUUCAAACAACGCCGGGCUCGCUGAAAGGAAACAGAGAACGGCACUGGGUAAUCUCACUACCAAGGAAUCCUAAAUUUGUUGGCGGUCAAGAUGAAAUCACGAAGCUAGAAGAACUGCUCGCUAUGCAAGAUGGGCCCCGAAGGAUUGCAAUUACUGGAUUAGGAGGGGUCGGGAAGACUCAAAUCGCCUUAGAGGAGCAGGAAGAAGAUGCAGUGGAACUCCUUAGCGAAGACUUCAGGGAUCCAGGACGCUAUAAGGAUAUACAGAAUGCUGUUCUUACUACUUGGUUAAUAUCCUUCAACCAGGUUCAGCACCAGAACCAAGCGGCAGCGGACUACCUAUCUUUCAUGGCCUGUAUCAAUCCGCGGAACAUCCCUCGGUCCCUUCUUCCAUCACAAUCGACGAAGAAACAGACAGUUGACGCCUUGGGGCUUUUGAAUGCAUACUCAUUCACCAACAAUCAAGACACUGAUAUAAGUAUGCACCGACUGGUGCAUAUUGCUACCCGGAACUGGUUGAAGAAGAAUGAGUUGCUUAGCUACUGGAUCCAGAAAGUGGCUGAUCGAAUUCAAGAGGCAUUUCCUGAUGAUAACUAUACUAAUCGAGCGCUCUGGCGGAAAUACCCCCCUCAUGUUCAAGCCCUUAUGCAAGAAGAUGAGUUUAUCAAGCAGCAGAAGCAGCAUACCAACCCUAUUCAAAAUACUGCAAAUUGCCUUGCUAGCGAUGGAAGAUACUUUGAAGCCAAAGCUCUAUAUAAGCUGCUGUUGGAAAUGUAUCAGGAGGAACAUGGGCCUGAGCAUUCCUCAACUCUGACGAGUAUGGCUAACCUGGCAUCCACCUAUUGGAACCAGGGACGAUGGGAUGAAGUUGAAAAGCUGGGGGUCCUAGUAAUGGAGACCUCGAAGAUAGUGCUAGGAGCAGAGCACCCUGAUACACUGACGAGCAUGGCCAACCUGGCAUCCACCUGGAAAUCUCAAAGCAGGAUUACAGAUGCCCUAACACUGAUUGACGUGUGUUGCAAGCUGCGCAACAAAGUCCUAGGGCCAGAUCAUCCUGAUACAAGACACUCUGCUGAUGUAUUUGAUGCUUGGAAGUACGAAAUUGAUUUGAUCUACAGAAAGCUUCCGUGCCCAUCAUCUCAGAUAGAACAAUCUGACCAUUGGCAGAAGGUUCCUUCGGACAAACCUGCAGCUAUCAUAGCUCGUCCAUCCCGUCAAGGACAUGACGAUUAG